AUGAGCCAAGAAAACUCAUCGCUGAAUCAAGUGUCCCGUAGAAAAGCGAUGGGAAAUCUUGUUGAGCCUGUAGUCUCAAUGAGACUCGUUCAAAAUUAUAUCGACGAUACACUUGCGGCAGCUCUCGAUGAGAUGACAUCCCCCGAAGGUCAUCCAUCUAUUACCUUGAAACGGCGAUCUAAACAAGCGUCUUUCUUCAUCAAUCCCGAUAAUGGUGCCCUCGAGACAACUGAGACGGAGAAUCAGACGACUUACACUUGGCCCGGACAGGACGCACACGAAGCGUGGAGGUUCACUAUCGCAUUUCGGAUCCUUGCAGCCAUUGCUGAAGCCGUUCAGACAGGAUUGAUGAUCUCCAAAAGAGAUAUAUAUUACACCGAUCCGGCCUGCUUCGGUUCACAAAGAGUGGUUGAUACUGUUGUUGAUGACAUUGCUCACACAAUUGGGGUGGAUCGGACAGCGCUAAACGUGGAAGCAGCUGCAAAAGGACUCGUUGCGGGAUACUACUGUUUGAAAACGAAAUCACACGAUAUACUAGAUGCCCGAUUAUCCACACAGGAUUCCUUAAUCCCAAGAGCAGAAUACAUCGAGGAAAUUGACAUAUCCGAAAUUGAAUGGGUUUUGAUACUGGAAAAAGAGGCAGUCUACCGUCGACUUGCAAGAAGCAACUAUCACACUAAGGCUGCUGUAGGAAAAGGAAUCAUGAUCACCGGUAAAGGGUACCCCGACCUUUGCACAAGAGCCUUUGCUCGUCUCCUGUUCGAAAAAAGCUCCCAUUUGCGACCUGCUCCGUGUUUCUAUGCUCUUGUUGACAGUGACCCUGAUGGAAUGGCUAUCAUGUCGACAUAUAAAUACGGCUCCAUGGCAUAUGCGCACGAGAAUGCAAAGUUAAACAUUCCCAAAUUACACUGGCUGGGUCUUCGCACAUCAGACGUCGCGGCAGGUGCUGAUCCUCUUGGUGACGAUGCCCUCAUUCGGCUGACAACCAGGGACAGAAGGAAGAUUGUUUCCAUGUUGAACAACAGCCCUAUUUUGGCAGUGGACGGACCGGAGCAGGAAUGGCGCGUGGAGUUGCAGCAGAUGCUCAUGUUGAAUUUGAAGGCAGAGACUGAGAUCGUAUAUGAUCGAAAUGGUGGACUUGAAGGGUGGAUUGAUCGAAAAAUGACCGAUUUACUGAAUGAUAAUAGGCCCUUUUGA